AAUGACUGACAAGCUGUAAAUGUUGACAGCUUCUUAUUUCACUUUUGUUAUUAAAUUUUAUAGUUACUUUGACAAUUAAAAAUUGCAUUUUUUUAGACAAAUUAAACUUUUAAUUAAUUAAUUUGUAAUAGACAACCGAUUCAAAUAGACAUGUUGAAUCGGUUUAAAAGUGUCGUGAUUGGUGCUGUUACUGGAUUAGAAGUAAAUGGCAUACAUUCUGGUCCAGACAUCAAUCAAAAAAACCACCUUGCCCCCAAGUUUCCCUAUAGACGCCCCCAUUUCUUAAAUCUCGAAGAUGACGAAGUCCAAAUGUCUGCAGAUCACAAAUUACGGCCCAUAAUACACCCAAGUCGUCAAUUACCUUAUUAUGCGGGCUAUGCCGAAUGUGUUAAUGCGGGCAAAUCGAAAUGGAACGAGGAUCAAGCAGUUUAUCGUUUAGGGGUGCUUACAAAGGUUGCCACGAAUGAUAUUUUGGGCCCCAAAACAUAUAACAUUCCUUAUACUUAUUAUGGAAUUUUUGAUGGCCAUGCCGGUGUAGGAGCAGCUCUCUGCGCAGCCAACCAAUUACACCACAUUUUACACGAAAAAUUAGUUGACGCUCAAGACGACAUUUGGUUGGAAUUCACCGGAGAACACCAAGUAAAAUCUCGAGACUUGCUAAUUGUAGGCGCACUAGAAGCGGCAUUCCAAGAGAUGGAUCAAUUAAUAGCGGAAGAUCGUAAUAAAUACCAAGCGGCGGGAGGUUGCACAGCACUAGUAGCUUUAAUAAUAUUAGGUAAAUUAUAUGUGGCAAACGCCGGUGAUUCGCGAGCCAUUAUUUGUAAUGGUGAUGAGUAUCAUCCUAUGUCUAUAGAUUUUACACCAGAAAUUGAAAGAGACAGAAUCAGGAGACUGGCAGAGCAGCAACCUGCACUAUUAGGGAAAGAAUUUACCUUUCGCGAGUACAUUAAACAACCAAACAUCAUGGAUUUAGGAAAACCGGUUAUGUAUAGAGAUGCCCACAUGAAAGGGUGGGCAUAUAAAACUGUGGAGGCUGAAGAUAUCAAGAAACCUGUGAUUACUGGUCACGGAAAAAGGAGUAGAGUGAUGGGUACAAUAGGUGUGACACGUGGCUUUGGCGACCAUGACCUAAUCGCCGUGUACCAGAAGCUUGAAAAGAUUCCUAUAAAGCCAUUUUUGUCACCUCAUCCAGAAGUGCAGGUCCAUCGUCUCGAUAAUACCCAACAGGAUGAAGUUUUAGUGAUGGGAACGGACGGUUUAUGGGAUGUCAUUAGUGGAACUAAAGCCGCAGAAGUUGUUUCGAAAGCCUUAGGCAUUUUUAGUGAGAAAGAACGUUACGUGAGUGCUGCUACAUGUUUAGUUGGCUCGGCGAGAGGUAGUUUAGUUAAUGAGCAUUCUUGGCAACUGAAAUGUGGCAAGCAGGCGUCCGUUGAUGACGUUUCAGUGUUUGUUAUACCACUUUUAUGUUAUAAAAAUGAACAUCAAGACUGGAAAAGUCAUUAUUUAGCAAAUCCUAUGAAUUGUGAUGAAAACUAAUAGGUAUUGUCCAUUGAUUCUUUAUUAUUAUUAAUAUUAUUUCCCAUUUGUGAUCUUAAUUUUAUUUCUAAGUCAAGAUUUUGUAGCCAAUGACGCAUGGUAUUAAGGAUCUUAGUUAUUUGAUCGAAAUAAGCUCAACUAUUUGAUUUUAAAUGUCUAUACUUUGUUUUUUCUACUUUUUAAAUUUUUAUAUGUUUACUGGAAUAGCCGUUAUUCAAUAAAUUAGUAUUGAAUUUAAA